AUUAACAUUUAUUUUAAGUAGUUUUAAGAAACCCCCGCCUUCCCGGUGCCUUCCCCAGCGUCUGUGCAUUCUGAUUUCGGCGAUGGCGAAGGGAUCAGCGCCGGACGUAACGCAGCUGACGCUGCUGAUCGAUCAGUUGGAGCGCCACUGCUUGGCUGCCGAUGGAUCUCUCGUCGCCAAAUCCACCUACUACGAUCUCCAACUCGCAAGAGAGGAAAUGUCGAGAGAACGACUGCGUUAUUUGGAAGCAAUGGCAAUUUACUGUGAGGCAGUUGGAAUGGUGGAGGAGUAUCAACAAGCUGUUUCAGUCGCUAACCUUGGAGGGAUCCGAGAUGUUCAGGUCUUAUACCCACAGCUCGGCUUGAAGAACUUUCCUCAGGUUUAUGAGUCUCUUGAGCACCGGUUGGUUGUGGCAGAAGCAGCUCAAAGAUUGAGGCUUCCUCUUAUUUCCAAAGAUGGUGAGAUUCAUGAGGAAGAGAUAGAAAAAUGGAGUCUAAUGUCCCGAAGCUCCCUUGAUAGCGCAAGUACUAGUGUCACUAUCAGUUCAAACUCUAACUCAACAAAUUAUGCUAGUGGUUCUGCCAUUAGCAGUGCCGGCAUGGCAAGUACUGUUACUGAUACAGUUGAACCAGGAGUUGGUGGUGUUCCUAAUCGUUUUCUUGGAAUAACACCAGCCUAUUUAUGGCAGACUCAGCUCCAACAAACACUGUCAUCCUUGGACAUGGCAGAUUACCAAAUGUCACUUUGCCGAGAGAUUGAGGCUCGCUUAAAAGCUAAAUGUGAUAAAUUAGCUGAUACCUUGGUGAUGGAUGGCAUGGAUUCUUCAUCCGGUAAUCAAAAUUUAAAUGCUCGGCUUCCAGAAAGGGUGAAGUUGAUUAUUGAGGAGAUUGAAAGAGAAGAAGCAGCUCUGCGGGAGGAUCUUUAUUCUGCAGACCGAAAAUUUGCAGAAUACUACAAUGUCUUGGAAUUGAUAUUUGGCGUACUUGUUAAGCUUGUCAAAGAUUUGAAAUUGCAGCAUCAACAUACAUACGAUGAACUGCAAAAAACUUGGCUGUGCAAACGAUGCGAGACCAUGAACGCAAAGCUGAGAGUUUUGGAGCACAUUCUCUUGUUUGAGACUUACACCAAGGAUUCAUUACCAGCUCUCAAUAAAAUAAGAAAAUAUCUUGUUGAGGCGACAGAAGAAGCUUCAAUUGCAUACAAUAAAGCUGUGACGCGUCUUCGUGAGUAUCAAGGUGUGGAUCCUCAUUUUGAUUCAAUUGCAAGGCAAUAUCAUGACGUUGUGAAGAAAUUGGAAAACAUGCAAUGGACCAUUCGCCAAGUUGAAAUGGACCUUAAACGUCUACCGGAUCAUCCGAUCACUUAAUUCUCUUCUUUAUUUUUUUCAAAUGCCAUUUGUUUAAUCUGCUAAUCCCUCAACCCUGCAGUGUAUAUAUAUAUAUAUAACAAUUUUUAUGCUGAAGCCAAUAGUCUUUCUUGUACAAUGGUAAUGAGGGACUGAAAAAAAAUUUUCGGAAAAAACUCAACUACCCUAAUAUUUUUUUUUUUUUCGCUUUUUUGUCUAAGUUGAAAUUAAUGACAUUUUCCCCUGCAUUAGGUUGGUUAAAACAUUUCAUUAGCAGGUAUUAAUUCUUUAAAACAUUCGGUUGGUCA